UAAUUUUGUAUAAUUCAAAUUCGAUAAUUUUUUGAUUGUCAAAUUGAGUUAUUAUUUACAAUUAUAAAUAACUAAGUAGAACGGAUGUAUUGAAAUAGUUACAUGACAUAAUUUUAUAUUUUUCCAGAAAAAUGUUUAAACAAAUAUAUCGGCCAAUGAUGCUGCAAAGUCGAAAUAUUGCUCUUGCAAAAGAAAAAAAAAUAAAACCAGAAAUUAUAAUGGAUAAAGAAACUGAAGAAUUAAUUAAAAAAGAUGAAUUAAAACCUCGUAAACAUUCUGGAGUUGUUCAUAGACCUUUAGUACAAUUACCAGAAUGGGUGACAAAAGCAAUGCUUGUAGAAUUAGAAGAUUAUCAAGUAAAUAUAAUAAAAGAAGAAUCAAAAAAAUUAUAUCAAUAUUUAAAUGGUCGACAUCCACCAACUGAACAAGAAGUAAAAGAAUCAAAAAUGCAUGAAAUUGUUAAAUCAUUGAUGGAAGAAAGAAGAUAUGAAAAUAUGUUACUUGAAGACAAUGAAAAAGCUGAAAAAUCAAUAAAAACAAGAGCUACAAAAAAGCUUAAAAGUGACAUAUAUAAUUGGGUACCAAUGCAGUAUGAUAAACAUAAAAGUUUAUUGUAUAUGGUUGGAAGAGGAGCACAAGAUUAUGCAAUACUUUAUAAAAUAUUGAGUGAAAUUAAAUAUCGUGAUAAAGAAUUUAAACCAAAGACAUUAUUUGAUUUUGGAUCUGGCAUUGGUACAGUCUCUUGGGCUGCAAAUGAAUUGUGGAAUAGAUCAUUAAAAGAAUAUAUUUGUGUUGAUAUAUCCACUGAAAUAUCAGACUUGGCUUGUUCACUUGCAAGUCGUUCAGAGCCUAAAAUUAAAAAUAUAUUUCAUCGUCAGUAUCUUCCUGUAGCAAAUGUGCCAACUUCUGAUAUUGUUGUGAGUGCAUUUACAUCAAUGGAAUUACCAGACAGAAGAACGAGAAUUGAUACACUAUUAAAAUUAUGGAGUAGAACUGAAAAAUACUUGGUUAUUGUUGAGCAAGGAACAACAUCUGGUUUUCAGCUGAUCAAUGAAGCUAGAGAUUUUUUUAUUCAUCUCUGGGACAACGUUAAAGACAAUGGCAGUCCAGGAUAUUUUUUUUCACCAUGUCCACAUGAAUUCAGCUGUCCUCGUUUAAAAGUUGAUAAUACACCUUGUAAUUUUGAUGCUCAUUAUUUUAAAAUAUCAUUGGGAAGAACAUUGGAACCAAAACAUGAACGUUAUUCUUAUCUGGUCAUUCGAAAAGGUGAUAAACGUGAUGAAAAAGAAAUGUGGCCAAGAUUAGUUAGACCAGUUGUUGUUCGUUCAAGACAUUCAAUUUGUCGUUUAUGUAAUACUGAUGGAAAAUUGCAAGAAAUUAUAUUUUCAGCUGGAAAACAUGAAAGACCAGUAUUUUAUACUGCACGAUCUAGCAGAUGGGGUGAUCGUCUACCAAUGGUAAUAAAAAAUCCAGAAAAAUAAUUAACCAGCUAAUUUUUCUAUGCUGCUAAUGUUUUUUAUUUUUUUUUUAUCUUAUU